AGCUAAGAGGAUGUUUUUCUAACUUUGCCCCCCUUCUUUGACAAUUACCUUAUCUCUGCCGGAUGUUUAGGGUCAGAACCGUCUCAGCCCUCUCACGGGCAGAUGCCGAGGGUCACCUGAAGCGGUUAGUGUUCAACCGAAGACUCGGGUCCACCGUCACCCCCGGCUCCGAGCAGUGGCAGGCGGACUGUGAAGGAAGCCGCGGCGGCGCUCCGCGUGCUUCAGCUCAGCCACAGCCUCCCAGGAAGUCCGGCAAAACGGCCAAAGACCGCAUCACGUCUGCCUCCGCUGCUAAUAAGACCUCAGUAAACUUUGACCGGACCAAGGAGGCUUAUAAAAGCAAAGACUCAUUAGAGCUGCUCAGAAGUUUGGUGGUUUUCAAACUUUGCUCCUAUGACUUCCUGGUUGAUAACAAUACAGAGAUAAUGGAUUUAGGUAAAAAGAUCCUGGGACAGGAACUUUUUGAUCAGCUCAUGAAGGUGACCUUUUAUGGCCAGUUUGUUGCUGGAGAGGACCACGUGGCCAUCAAGCCUCUGAUCCAGAAGAAUCAGGCCUUUGGUGUCGGAUCUGUCCUGGACUACAGCGUUGAAGAAGACAUCAGUCAAAAAGAAACAAAGUCGGAGGAGAAAAGCUCUUGCUCAUCUGCUGCAGGGAAAGAAAGCAUAGGCGAGCACUACAAACGGAAAAAUAUUGAAGCACACAAACAGUUCGGUGACAGUCAGGGGGAGCUGAACAAAGACUGCACGUAUCUCCACGCUGAUGAGGCCAAAUGUGACCAGCAUAUGGAAACAUUUAUAAAAUGCAUCAAAGCAUCCGGUGGGAGUUCAAUAGAUGGUUUUUCUGCCAUCAAAGUGUCUGCACUAGGACGACCUCAAUUUCUGCUUCGGUUCUCAGAGGUCCUUGUGAAAUGGCAGCGAUUUUUCAAAUUCCUGGCAUCGCAGCAGGGAAAAAAUGGCAUGGAAGCCUUGGAGCAGAGACUGGAGCUGUCACAGCUGCAGGAAUUCUUAACCAAAGUUGGAGCAAAAGGUGACUUCUAUGGCUGGUUUACCGGAAAUAAAGACGACACUAAAGGGUACAUUGAUAUUCUUGACUGGAACAGCCUUAUAGAAAACAGAGAUAGCACAUCAGAUCUGCUCGUUGUACCAAAUGUAAAGUUAGGUAAACUGGAGCCUCUGCUGCAGACAUUCACAACAGAGGAUGAGAAACAAUUGAAGAGGUUAUUACAGCGCCUACUCAUCUUGGCAAAGCAUGCCUCGGAGAAUGGUGUUCGCUUAAUGGUGGAUGCAGAGCACACCUACUUCCAGCCAGCUAUCAGCAAACUUACCCUGGAGACACAGAGGAUGUUCAACAGAGAAAAGCCUGUUGUUUUCAACACCUACCAGUGCUACCUAAAGGAAGCCUAUGAAAAUGUAACCAUGGACGUAGAACUUUCUAAACGAGAAGGAUGGAGUUUUGCUGCCAAGCUGGUGCGAGGAGCCUACAUGUAUCAGGAGCGAUCGAGGGCCGAAGAGCUGGGAUACGAGGAUCCUAUUAACCCUGACUACGAGACGACCAACAGAAUGUACCACAAGUGCUUGGACUAUGUGCUGGAUGAGGUUGCGCUCAAUAAAAAGGCCAAUGUAAUGGUUGCUUCCCAUAAUGAGGACACAAUAAAGCACACCGUGCGAAGAAUGAAUGAGCUGGGCCUGUUACCCACAGAGAACAAGGUGUUCUUUGGUCAGCUACUGGGCAUGUGUGAUCAGAUCAGCUUCCCACUGGGCCAGGCAGGUUUUCCCGUCUAUAAGUACGUUCCCUACGGGCCGGUGAGUGAGGUGAUGCCGUACCUGUCUCGGAGGGCUCAGGAGAACCGAGGCUUCAUGAAGGGAGCCCAAAAGGAGCGAGAGCUACUGUGGAAGGAGCUGAAGCGCCGACUCGUCUCUGGGGAGCUCCUCUACAGACCGGUGUACUGAGAGGAGAGUCAGGCUCUCCAGUCUGUUUUUAGCAGCAGCCAUCAGCGAUCCAUCUGCACAUGUUCACUCCAUCUUUUCCUCUGUUGUUGUUUUUUUUCUUCUUUACAAAUGGACAUAGCUGCACAGAGUUUGAUUAUUUUUAACCACCUUCACCCAUUUCACGCGCCGCUAUUGUUCUCUUUGCCUUUCUUUAUUUGCCACCGCAUCCAUAAGCAUUUUUCAUUUUUGUCAUCCCGUUGUCUGUGAAGCUCUGGUAUCCAUCAAGUGAGCAUCUUUACGGCUCCAAAAUGACUGCCUAAAAUGUCACCGAGAGCUUGAUGGGCAUCCUUCUUUAUUACCCUAUUUAUCCAGGAGAGGAGAGACAAUAAUAAAAAUAAUGGGUUUGAUUUAAAUUGUAGCAAAGGAAACAUUUUUUAUUUGAAUUGUUUUCUGUUGUUUUUAUUUUUUUUUACUCUUUCUCUCAGGCACGCAGCAUCUAGAGAAGUCAUCCCUGUAUAGUAAAUUUGUGUUUGAAGGUUUGCUGCCUUUUUCAGAACAAUACCUGUUUAUGAAUCAUUGUGAGAGCAUAAACCUCGCAGCUCAUCGCUCUUCCUCACAGCGUGCAAGGGCUGUUGUUGUUGUGUUUACUAGCAGAAGUUGUAUUCUUCAUCAGCGAGGUGUUACAAAUGAAACAAGCCUUUAAAUAGAGGGGCCUGCAUGUCUGCCAGUGGGUUUUUUAAAACUUCUCAGUGGAAAAUGUGCAAUGCAGUAAUAAAGUACUUUUUGCACCUUACUUUUUUUUAUAAAUGAACAUUGAUGUAAAUAUGU